UAGGUAGGCAACUAGGCAUCACUCCACAUCAGCCAACAUUCCAUACACAACAGGCACAGCAUGCAAACAUCGCCGAGGGUCACGGCACGGUGAAUUCCAUUCUUCUAGCCACCCACAACAACCAGUCGACUCCAUCAAUCAUGUAUAGCUACAGAUGCGUAGAGCUACGUACAUAGCUAGUCAUAUAUACAUGCGUUCGUGUGCGCUCUGCACACACUGGUUUCCCUGCCAAAUCCACAGGCCGGCUGCCUGUGCCUGGUCCUUUUCGUCCCGGGAACAGGACCCCUCCUCCAUUAUUGAUGGAUCCAUGGAUGCUCGCCUCUAUUAUUUCGAUCCCUUGAUUCGGUUCUUGCUUGGCUUUUACCUUUCUCAGGUCUCUUCUCUUCCUUCAAUUCUCCCCGGCCGAGCCCGAGCGCAGUACGUGCUCCGUCUGUUAUGGUUCUUCAGCUAGGUUGCUGAGAGGAAAUUAAUCAAGGUAGUAGGCAUUUUGGACGGGAGCAAUGAAGAUCCCGAGCUUUGAGAGCACGGGCAGCGGCGCCAGCGGCUCCGGCUCCGGCUCCCGCUCCUUCAACCUGCGGAACCUGUCCAAGCUCAUCCUGCCGCCCCUCGGCGGUCUGCAGGCCGGCUACAGCCAGUCCCCUGCCGGUUCCUACAAGCGGGUCGUCUCGCCGCUCGACUCCAGAUACAGGUGCUGGGAGACGUUCAUGGUGGUCCUGGUGGCGUACUCGGCGUGGGUGUACCCGUUCGAGGUGGCCUUCAUGAACGCCUCCCCCAAGGGGGGGCUGGAGGUGGCCGACAUCGUCGUCGACCUCUUCUUCGCCGUCGACAUCGUGCUCACCUUCUUCGUCGCCUACAUCGACUCCAGGACGCAGCUCCUCGUCCGGGACAGGAAGAGGAUAACUUUCAGGUAUCUGUCGACAUUUUUCAUCUUGGAUGUGGCCUCGACGAUUCCCUUCCAAGGCCUGGCCUACCUCGCCACCGGCGAGGUCAAGGAAGGCGUGGCGUACAGCGUACUGGGUAUCUUCCGGCUCUGGCGUCUAAGGAAGGUCAAGCAGUUCUUUACGAGGCUAGAGAAGGACAUCAGAUUCAGCUACUUCUGGGUACGCUGCGCACGGCUCAUCGCGGUUACCCUGUUCCUGGUGCACUGCGCCGGUUGCCUGUACUACCUGAUCGCCGACAGGUACCCUGAGAGGGAGAAGACGUGGAUCGGGGCCGUGAUCCCCAACUUCCGGCAGUCGAGCCUGUGGAUCCGCUACAUCUCGUCCAUCUACUGGUCCAUCACCACCAUGACCACCGUGGGCUACGGCGACCUGCACGCCCAGAACAACGUGGAGAUGAUCUUCAACAUCUUCUACAUGCUCUUCAACCUCGGCCUCACCUCCUACCUCAUCGGCAACAUGACCAACCUCGUCGUCGAGGGCACCCGCCGCACCAUGGAGUUCAGGAACAGCAUUCGGGCUGCUUCCAACUUCGUGUGCCGGAACCACCUGCCGCCGCGGCUGCAGCAGCAGAUCCUGGCCUACAUGUGCCUCAAGUUCAGGGCGGAGAGCCUGAACCAGCAGCAGCUCAUGGACCAGCUGCCAAACUCCAUCUGCAAGAGCAUCUGCGAGCACCUCUUCCUCCCCGUGGUCAAGGACGUGUACCUCUUCAAGGAGGUCUCGAGGGAGACGCUCCUGCUCCUGGUAACGAAGACGAAGCCGGAGUACAUACCGCCGAAAGAGGACGUGAUCGUGCUGGGCGAGGCGGCGGACGACGUGUACAUCGUGGUAUCCGGCGAGGUGGAUAUCAUACGCUUGGACGGCGAGGGCAAACGGGAGGAGCUGGUGGUGGGCACGCUGGGGCCCAAGGACAUCUUCGGCGAGGUGAGCGCGUUGAGCGACCGCCCGCAGAGCUUCACGUUCCGGACCAGGACGCUGAGCCAGCUGCUGAGGCUGAAGCAGGCCACCCUCAAGGAGGCCAUGCACAGCAAGACUGAGGACAGCGUCGUCAUCAUCAAGAACUUCCUCAAUCAUCAGAUGGAGGUGCAUGACAUGAAGGUGGAGGACUUGCUGGGCGAAAACACGGCGGAGUUGGACGGCGGCAACAUCCCCUGCAAUCUGCUGACGGUCGCUGCGACGGGGAACAGCAGCUUCCUUGAGGACCUCCUCAAGGCCGGGAUGGACCCUGAUGUCGGUGACUCCAAGGGCAGAACCGCUCUGCACAUCGCGGCGGCCAAUGGGUACGAGGACUGCGUGCAGGUUCUGCUCAGGCACGCCUGCAACGUCAACAUCAAGGACGCGCAGGGCAACACGGCGCUGUGGCAGGCCAUCGCGGCGCGGCACCACAAGGUCUUCAGCGUCCUGUACAGCGUUGCGCGCGCCACGUGCCCGCACGCCGGCGGCGACCUGCUCUGCCUGGCCGCGCGCCGCGGCGACGUGGACACGCUCGCGGAGCUCCUUAAGCAUGGGCUGGACGUCGACGCGGCGGGCCACGACGGCGCCACCGCGCUGCGCGUCGCGCUGUCGUCGUCGUCCCAGGGUGGCAGGCGGGCCGCCGACGUGGCGAGGUUCCUGGUCAUGAACGGGGCCAGCGUGGACAAGGCGAGAGUCCACGAAGACGACGGCGCCACGAGGCCCACGACGGUACUGCCGCUGGAGGAGCUGCGUGAGCUCGAGAAGAGGCGGGAGGUCGUUCACCCGAUAACCAUAUACGACUCGCCGGCGGCGGACGUCGUCGCCCGGGUUGUCGGCGGCGGCUCGAACCCGUCCGGGGAUGGACGGCAAGGGAGGUUCUCGAGCACGAGGUCGUCGGACAGCGGGCACUGGCCGAGGGUGAGCGUGUACAGAGGCCAUCCGUUUGUUAGAAACCACGGCUCCGAGGCCGGCAAGCUCAUCAACCUCCCCAGCACGAUGGCAGAGCUCAAAGCCGUCAUUGAGAAGAAGUUUAAAGUGGAUGCGGAGAAGGCGCUGGUGGUGAACGACGAAGGAGCGGAGAUCGAGUCGGUGGACGUGAUCCGGGACAACGACAGGCUCUUCAUCGUCACGCAAGAGCAUAUGAGGAUACUUGCGUCGCUGGACUCGGUGGCUGCAGCUUCAUAGCACUACGCCUUUCUCUGCACGUAGGUUCAGCUGUUUCAGUAGCACGUCUCGUGUAUAUAACACUUGUGCUAGCCGGAGCGUAUUUUUGGUUUUCUCGAUCUCUUCUUCUGAAUAAUUCCAGUCAUCUCCGUGGCGACGAUCCAAAGGAACCUGACAAGUGCCACCCGGAUGACUUGUGAAGUUGUAGUGUUUGUUCCCCAUUUAUACAUGGACUAGAGUCUAGAGGUACAGCAAAUGUAUGCAUGGGUGAUGUAAACGGGAGUGGGAAAUCGGCCGCAAGUACGAAUCCGCCCGAAGUUUCAAGCUUUCAGUCAUGAGAUACCACAAUUUCAGCUGCAAUAUAUGAAGUUAUGAACUGAUGCAGCAACGUCA